UGCUGGGCGACUUAGCGGGCAGGGCAGGCACCUCGCCUGGCCAGGGAUGGAGGCAGAGCCGCCUUGGCGCUCCAGAAUGGGAGAAGGAGCCCCCGGAGGAAGAGGAGGUAUGAACCAGAAAUAAUGUUCACCCCAUUUGAAAAAAUGGCUGCUAUCUUCUGUGAGGAUUAUUCCUUUCUUCGUCUUCAUCAUGGACACAUCUUCCCUUCCUUGGAGGCUAGUGGAGCUCUUCUGCUUAUCAUGCUGGGAAAAGUCGUACUCAAUCUAUACGUUUUGCGAGUCAAAAAGCAGACUCUCCGCGAGAGUUUUUUGAGCUACUUUUGCAUUUCAGUAGCCUUUUUUGACUUGGUGCUUCUCGUGAUGAUGGCUUUCAUCUCUUACUUUCAGAACUUUAUGCUUUGGGGUACCCGCUUCACCGAGUAUCAUAUUUGCCUCUUGGCUCAGAUCGCAGCCUUAACCUACGGGAUCUUACAUUAUCCAGUUUUUUUGGUUGCUGCUUUGGAUUACUACAUUACAAUAACUCAAACUUCCAAGUCUCCUAAUCGGUGUUGGACAUUGCUGUAUACCUUUGCCGUUGUCUUCACGUGGAUUUUGGUUCUUUAUUAUGUCCUUUCAGGCAGCUCCACGGGGCUUGAUGCAAAAAAUCACGUUUCGAACUCUCGGUGUCCUUUGUCCAUCAGCAGCCAGAGUUUCUGGCUUUCAUUAGGAAUGCUCUUCAUUAUUUGCCUGGUUCUUGUAUUCUGUUGGUCAGACAUUGUGCAUAUGGUACUAUCAAUUACGUUAAUUUCCUUUGAGAGACAGACUGUUUUUUUCUUCCCUUACGUGACUGAGUGUAGCCCUAAGGAUCACACAAAGCACCUCCUGACAAGACUCUUCAUCUGUUUUAUGGGCACUUGGGCACCAUUUGUUUUCUUUCAAACCCUCAUCGUGUUACUUGGUGCUCAGAUUCCUGCAUAUAUAGAAAUGAAUGUCCCCUGGCUUUAUUUUGUCAAUAGUUUUCUUAUUGCAGUCAUGUGUUGGGUGAGGCGGCAGCACAUUGAGCUGAAAGAGGAGUCUUGGGAUGUGGAUCCAUUCGUAAGCUGGAAAUUCUGUUUCAUCCCUUUUAACUACCAAGAUGCAAAUGAAACUCCAAAGCCUGUUUCUGAAAUUGUAGUCUAUUAACAAGCUGUUGCGGGAGAACAAUGUUUAAUUAUUACAAUAUUUUGGGGGAGGCUUUGUUAUUUAUGUUAUGUUUAUGGACUUACGCAAAAACACAUGAGCGUAGCUGGUUGGAAACCAGUAUGUGAAGUGUGUAAUUUGGGUACGUUUGGGGCAACAUACUGAAAUGCUGUUAUUCUUCCAGUUGGAUUUGCAGUAUACGUAUCUAUUGCAAAAUAAAUGAAUGGUGUUUGUAAUAACUGAA